CCUACUUUCAACAAAUGCCACAUUGGUGUAAGAAUGGGUCCCAAUUCAUCUGCAAUUUUGGAACUUCACCAACCCCCCACCGGGUUGGCAGGCGGACCAACCACCCAAAAUCUCGGUCCAACCGGGAUAUUUAACUUCUAUAUAAGCCCAUUGCAUUUCCUCUUUCAGCUCAGGUUACCAUUCGAAGGCAAUCGGAAACUCUCUGGUCCAGGAAAACAGGAAAAGCAAAGAAAGAACCCUUUUAAAGAUUUGUAGCAAUGGCAACCAAUACACAAGAGCAGCAGUCUCAGGCUGGCAGGCACCAGGAGGUUGGUCACAAGAGCCUUUUGCAGAGUGAUGCUCUUUACCAGUAUAUCCUUGAGACUAGUGUAUAUCCGAAGGAGCCUGAACCCAUGAAAGAGCUCAGAGAGUUGACUGCCAAGCAUCCAUGGAAUCUUAUGACUACAUCAGCUGAUGAAGGCCAAUUCUUGAACAUGCUUCUUAAGCUGAUCAAUGCCAAGAACACCAUGGAAAUUGGUGUCUACACUGGCUACUCUCUUUUAGCCACAGCACUUGCUCUCCCUAAUGAUGGAAAGAUCUUGGCCAUGGAUAUUAACAGGGAAAACUAUGAGUUGGGUCUGCCUGUUAUCCAAAAGGCUGGUGUUGCACACAAAAUUGAUUUCAGAGAGGGUCCUGCUAUGCCAGUUCUUGAUCAAUUAGUCGAAGAUGAAAAGAAUCAUGGAUCCUUUGACUUCAUCUUUGUGGACGCUGAUAAGGACAACUACCAAAACUACCACAAGAGGCUAAUUGAGCUGGUGAAAGUAGGUGGGUUGAUCGGCUAUGACAACACCCUAUGGAAUGGCUCGGUGGUAGCACCACCUGACACUCCUCUCAGGAAAUAUGUUAGGUAUUACAGAGACUUUGUUUUGGAACUCAACAAGGCUCUUGCCAUUGACCCCAGGAUUGAGAUUUGCAUGCUUCCAGUUGGUGACGGAAUCACCCUUUGCCGUCGGCUCAAAUGAACCGCCACCACCACCCAACGUUGACCACCUCUCAUUCGGCACAAAAUUUGACAUUAACAUCUUAAUGAUCUUAUGUAUUGCCAAUUUUCAACUCCCCCACUCCCUUUUUCUUUGUUUAUCGUAAUGCACCGGUGGAUGAUUGAAGAAUCCCAUAUUAAAAUGGUAUUAUAAAAUGGUAUUUUUAAACAUGCUUAUCUACCGUUAUCAAAUCGUAAUUAUUUUCUCAAGCUAACAUGCAAGUUCAAAUAUUUUCAACCAAUGAUGAAACAAUUGUACUUUUGCAAUUUGAUAUUAUCUGUACUUUAGGAUUAUGUGGUCUACAAUGCUUUUCCCUGAAAAUAAUAUAGAAGCUCUUUUAUUUAUUCAAGAUUUGAACUCUCGUUAUUAAAAUUGAAAUUUCAAUAUUCUAUAAAUAAUUUAUAUUAUCGUUGGCAAGCUUUUUUCUUUUUACGUUUGGAUUCUAAGAAAGUUAUGAUUUAAGAAGCUAUGUGUAGGUUUCAGUCGAAAAUUUGAUGUCAGCAUAGAAAACAAACAUAAAGAGUAAAAUAUAUGUUAAAAUCCCCAAUUUUAGGAAAGACCCAAAUUGUCAAUUUAUGAAUGGGUGCUGAAUCAAUAUAUAAAUAAUGAUUCUUACUUGUCCUGAAAUCAUGCAAUAAGUACUAGUUUAAAUGACUACAUGACAGCAUAUAAACUUUCUUAAUUAAUCUCUAAAUUGCUCAAAUAACCAUCACAUUUCGUUCUUCUUUUGUUCAAAUUGGAUUGAACCAUUUUUAAAGAUUAAAAUAAAAGAAAAGAAAUCUUCUUAGUUCAACAUACUUUAUUCCAUAGUGGUUCUUUAACUUCGGCUUCGUGUGUGGCUUUGUUCUAUUCAGUUCUAUUGCCCAAUUACGUGGCUUCCACCCACCGAGAAACCCACCAAACCUCAUUCCGGGUCAAUUGGCUCUAGUUGCGAACGUUCUUUUCCAUUUUUUCCCUUUUUUUUUUCUUUCUCUUUUGAUAGCAGUCAAUGAUUGCACUGUUAUCUGACUUUUUUUUUUUUUUGCUUUAAGAAGAACAGGACAAAUAGGGUAAAAGCCACGUAUAUCCUUCAAAUUUAGAAAAAGACGACUUGGAAUUCAAACCUAAACUUGAUGCCUACCCCUAAAAAAAGGGCUAAUUGUGUUUGUUUUAAAAAAAAAAUCAUAACCCAAUAAUAAAAAAAUGAAUUACAAGUAUAAAAAUAUCAACUGAAUUAAAUAUCAAAUUGAAGGUUGCUACAUUUGUUGUAGAGACACAUGGUCUAACGGAAGACAAUUAAAUAAAUCAAUUGAAGGUUGCUACAUGUGUUGUUGAGAAAUAUGGUCUAAUGAAAGAGUGAUGCAUAUUCAUUUCCAUAACAAAAACGUUUCAAGUAUUAAUUAAGCAUUUGAUGAGAAAUAGGAGAAUUUAUAAGUCAAAGAAAUUAUUCAAGAUUAGCUAUAGAUUAGCUAGCAGAAUGUAUCCGUAUCAAUGUAAAAGUAGAAAAUUCUUACUAAGGAUCUGCUCGAUAGAACUCUAAUCACACCAAAUAUUCCAAUUCAACAUUCUUUCCUGACACUUUACCAUCACUGUUAUCACAUGAGAAUGUUUCUAUUAUUGAAAUUAAAAUUUGAUUGUUACUUAUAAUAUGAAGCACCAUUCAUUCAAUAAAAAAACACUGCCAAUGAGAAACCCAAGGAACAUCUAAACCUAAAUACUUAACUAAUCAAGAACAAUAGUCAGAAACUAUACAUAUUUAGCAACAUGAGAUUGAUCUUAGAAAUUGAAAUUUUCCUUUCAUGUACUAAAUAUUUGACAACUUGAAGCCAUGCAUCACAAGAGGAAACAAAAUUGGGUCAUUCCCAAUAAGUAAAUGAGAUAAUGUAGUCUAACCUUUGAUUCCAAAAACUUUCCUUCACACAAAAUGCAGUAUAAGUCAUUAACAUCAAUAUAUUAAGUUACAAGAAGUUAGUAAUAUUCUAAUCAAACAAGGCAUAAGAGUAAUACCAGAA